AUAUUGAAUACAUUUUAGGCUUUUAUAUUGUGCAGCUUUGGUACUGAUGAUAUUGUCUACAGCCUAUGAUUACACAAACCAAAAAUUAGAAAGAAAAUCUCGUCAGCCACUUUUCAAGGCUUUUUCCGUUUUGACAAAUAUACAAAAAGUGUUACAAACUAGCGACGGCAACAGAGAGCAAAUUGAAGUUUUUCAUGGGAUGAAAACCAUAAGUAUGAUGUGGGUGAUAGCUGGGCAUGGAUUUAUCGGAUUCAAAAAUUUCCCUGUCUCAAACUACAAUUAUGGAAUCAAGUGGCAGACUGACCACCUGUACAUAUUCUAUAUCACUAGUGCGCCUUUGGCCGUGGACACAUUCUUCUACAUGUCAGGAUUUCUACUUGCAUAUCACUAUUUCAAAAUUAAGCACAGCUCUGCUUUGGUACAAGUAAAAUCCAUACCUCUGCUUUACAUCCACAGAUACCUCAGGAUAACUCCCGCAGUUCUAAUGCUGUAUUUAAGCUGCAUGUAUCUUUUGCCAUAUUUGGGAAGCGGACCCUUUUACGACGAAUUUGUGAAGCAACUGAUGAGUUCUUGUAGAACCAAUUGGUGGUCCUUCUUGCUGUAUAUACAGAAUUACUCUAACUACGACAACUUGUGUCUGACACACACGUGGUAUUUGUCAGCAGAUAUGCAGAUGUUCCUUUUGUCUCCAAUCGUAAUGAUACCUUUAGCAAUCGGACUUCACCAUGGAAAAUUCAAAACUUGUAUGAUUGCCAUGUUAUUGGUGAACCUAUUAUUCACGUUCCUACCUAUGUAUCUGAAACUUACGUAUCGGGACUAUACUAAUGCAUACGAUACUCACUCCAGAUUUAUCAAUUAUACGAUGGGGAUAACAUUAGGAUUGUUCAUGAGAGAGAAAAAACACCUUCCGUUUUUAUUUAAUAUGAAGAUGACCAAAUCUUCACGAUCGACAGCUAACUUGAUUAUUUGGACUGCUGUCCUGCUAGGAAUGCUUGCUACAUGUAUCUGCUACCAAGCAGUAGAAAUGCAGGACUACUAUGUGAACAAAACAGUCUUCUAUAGCCUAAUGAGACCAGCUUGGUGUAUAGGAUUGAGUUGGAUAGUGUACGCAUCUUAUCACGGAUAUGGAGGUGUGGUCAGAUGGUUCCUGGCACGUCCCUUGUUUCAGGUCGGUGGAAAGCUGAGCUACAGCAUGUAUUUGCUACAUGGGAUUGUUGUAGCUCAUUACGUCAUGAUGCUCAGAGUUAGAGCGUACUUUAGUGAAUUUAUAGAGUUUUACCUGUGGUGUGGAUACUUCAUCAUAAGCGUGGUAUUGGCUUUCUUUUGGACACUGGCAUUUGAAUCACCAAUGAUUACUGUCGAGAGGUUUAUCUUUGGAGGAUUAGCCGACAAAGCGAAGAAACAAGAAGGAAGAAGUGAUCAGAACGCUGCGUAAGAUUGGAAAUCUGAUUAGGUAUUCCACUUUCAAAGUGUAAAGUAGCUGAUAUAUUCAUUUUAUUUUGUAAUAAAUGUAAUUGAACCUAA